UAAAGCUCGAUUGCAGAACACUCUCUCUCUCCCUCCUCUCUUUCACAGAGUACCCCAGUCUGAAUCGUAGAGAAGCCAAAAGGAGAAGAAUCACGAUGAACCCACAAGUGGAUAAGCAGGUGAGGAGGACAAGUAUAGUGGCUACUAUUACUGCUUCCUAUUCUCUCUUAACCGCUGAUUAUGGCUCUGAGCCCAAUGUUCUUGACCCUAUUAAGGGGGCAAUACAGCCCACAGAAAGCUAUGUCAAAUACUUCAUCUUUGGAUCAAAGACUCAACCUCCAUUAAGCGAAGUGAAGAAGCUGGGCUCUAACAGCGCAAAGGAAAAUCUUUAGUUAGAUAGGCAGUUGACCUUGUAUUGGAACAUCAUGGUUUCGAGACUUUUCACUGUUCUUUUGAUUGUGUAUGCAGCAGUGAUCUUGCAACCUUGUUUACCUUUUGCAGAAAGAUAUUUUCUUGUUUAAAAAAAAAAAAAAAAAAAAAAAA